AUGCAGGAUUACUUAUUGAGACAAGUGACAGAAGAUCAGAAAAUGGAUGAAAAGGAAAAAGGUGAACAAAUGGCCUAUUUGGAAACGAAAGGACAUGAGACAGAACGAUUGAGAACGGAAAGUGAUGUAUGGAUAGAAAACGAGUUGUCAAAUGACAAGGAGAAAGAAGAAUUUGGAAAACAGGAAAUACAGGAACAAAUGAAAGAAUUGGAAAAAAAAGAGCAUGAGAUAAAAAACUUGAGAAUAGAAAGUGAUAAUAGGCAAGUACAAGAGAUGUUAUAUGAAUAUGACUUGGAGAAAAUCGAAUGUGAAAUACAGGACACAGAGGAACAAAUGAAAGAAUUGGAAACAAAAGGACACGAGGAAGAAAACUUAAGGAUAUAA